UCACCAUAAAGAGAAUAGGAGACACUGUGGUGAUGGUUGCUGCCAACCUUAUAAAGCAGCUGUGUUGAUGCCAGUGGCAGCGCCAUUCCUCCAUCAACCUGUCCAGACCCUCAGCUCCUCCAGUCCAGUUUCUCAUCAGCUAAGGAGAACAAACAAGUGCCAAGAUGUCUGAAAAAAAGAUGACCUCAAGCCGCAAGCAUCAUCUGAAGAGCGUGAUGCUUGCAAUUGCUGAAAAGCGGAUUGAACAGGAAACGGCUGAUGUUAUAGCUGCAAAGGCAGCAUACCUGAAUGAGAACUGCCCAGAGGUCUCUAUUCCCAGUGGGGUGGAGGAACUACAGAAAUUGUGCAAAGAGCUACAUGCGAAGAUUGACAAAGUCGAUGAGGAGAGAUACGACGCAGAAGGCAAAGUGACAAAGGGAGCAAAAGAGGUUGAAGACCUGAAGUUCAAGGUAACAGAAAUGAAGGGUAUGAAGAAGCCAGCUCUGAAGAAAGUGCGCUUGUCCGCUGAUCAGAUGCUUCAGGCUCUGCUGGGCUCCAAGCACAAGGUCAGCAUGGACAUGAGAUCCAACCUGAAGCAGGUGAAGAAGGAGGUCAAGGAGGAGCCUGCAGUCGCUGCUGGUGACUGGCGUAAGAAUGUUGAGGACAAGGAGGGCAUGGGUGGCAGGAAGAAGAUGUUUGAGGGCGCUGAGGUGUAAAUUUGAGCCUGACGAAAUUGAUAUCUGACACAACAACAUGGACAAAGUGAAUGGCAGGAAGAAGAUGGACUGGGG